CACUAAUCUUAACUGGAAAACCCUGGGUGGAGUUACCAAGUUGAUAACCAGCUUCCUACUACAACUUAUCCAGAUCCUGAAUGUCUGGACAAAACAAGAGACGUCCACACAGAGACAGCAGAGAGGACAUCCACACAGAGACAGCAGAGAGGACGUCCUUACAGGGACAGCAGAGAGGACGUCCUUACAGAGACAGCAGAGAGGACGUCCACACAGGGACAGCAGAGAGGACGUCCUUACAGGGACAGCAGAGAGGACGUCCUUACAGAGACAGCAGAGAGGACGUCCUUACAGAGACAGCAGAGAGGACGUCCUUACAGGGACAGCAGAGAGGACGUCCACACAGGGACAGCAGAGAGGACGUCCACACAGAGACAGCAGAGAGGACGUCCACACAGGGACAGCAGAGAGGACGUCCUUACAGAGACAGCAGAGAGGACGUCCUUACAGGGACAGCAGAGAGGACGUCCUUACAGAGACAGCAGAGAGGACGUCCACACAGAGACAGCAGAGAGGACGUCCACACAGAGACAGCAGAGAGGACGUCCACACAGGGACAGCAGAGAGGACGUCCUUACAGGGACAGCAGAGAGGACGUCCUUACAGAGACGGCAGAGAGGACGUCCACACAGAGACAGCCUGCAGAGGAAGCUGAUGUUUGUGUAACGAUACUGACGUCUGGUUCUGCCACAUGUGGACCCGUCAGACUGGAACCAGCAGAAAAAACCUCGUGUGGCAGCAGCUGAGAAAGUUUUCACUGCUGUGUUCACCACUUCCUGUUGGUGCACUCAGCACUUCCUGUUGAGAUUGAACACAAACAAUCUGAGCGUGCGUGACGGUAAAUCUGCAGACACGCCACCUCAACGACUCAACAAGGGGGUUUCAGAAAAAAGAUCUGCUGGAGCUCAGUAAGAACAAACAUGACGGUUGUCAUGGUGACGUCAGGGGAAAGUUCUGGACUUUUUAACAAAACUUUAAUUUCUCAGGAAACUGAACAAACCUGUUUGUGUUCUGGUUCCUGGAGCCAAACUUGAAUCCAGACCAUCUGGAAUCACACGUAGUGAAACUGUGACACUAUAUUUACCAGCAGCACUGAAAGUGGAAAAUAAAUAAUAAAUAAUAAAAUAAGGGGACUGUUGGUGACUGACGUCUGAGCAUCCAGCAGUUUUUAUAAAGAGGUGGAUUAACUCAGCUGAAGAAAACCGUCGUAGUGACUGAAGAGGCUGCUCAUGCAUUUAAAAGAGGAUUAAUGGAACAAAAUUAGGACGAUGUUUAUGUGGAUAGCAUAAAAAUGGCUAAUGAAACAUUCCUGAACAUCUUUACUGCUCUUUAUGGAAACGUUGUCCUCUUGUUUAGAAAGAAUAACACAGUAGCUGAAAAACAAGAAAAAGAUCGACUGUACAGAGAUUUCCUGAAAAAGAACAACAG